UAAGCUGAUGCUGGAGAGCGUAGAUCUUUAUAUGGAAAUCAAAAUAUUUGUGAUAUUUAUUGUGCUGCUUCUAAAUGCACUCGGCAUUCACUCACAGUUCAAUUCAAUUUCCAAACUUAAGCGGUUUGAUUGCGAGAGAGAUGUGCGGCCACGUGCUUUGAAUCUAACAGCUGUGUCGGGCUACUGGUACGAGGUGGCACGCGUUCCUAACAUGGAUAUUUUAAAGUGCCUCAAUGUCUCAGUCCCAGCGGCUGUGGAUAAAGAUUUGGAACUGCAAUUGGAAUACAUAAGCUCAAUCAAUGGGGAAACUUAUGCUAAGAGAGAGACGGUUACAUUUCCGUGGGAUGACAAAACUAGGAACAGCACUUUCAGCUUGGAAUAUGUCAUCUCUGGCAACAUUAAUGUAUCAGUCACCUAUAAAAUCAUCUAUACUGAUUACACAAACGUGACUUUCCUAUGCGGCUACUCGGGCAUCUCUCCAAUACCACUCUUUAAGCUAUUAUCGCGCCAGAGACAGCUAAGUCCAACAUAUAUUGAUUUCAUUAAGACGCUAGCUGAAAAGGCAGGCAUCUCCAGGCAGAUUAUUUGGACGGAACAAUCGCCGGAUCAGUGCAAUGAUGCAGUGCGACCAACAACUGGAACGCUGGCAAUCUUGGCAAUUUCAAUAUUAUGGAUGUUUACUAAAAUAUAAUAAGUGCUUAGUUUAAUACGUCUAAAAUCUGUAUGUAUGUGUGUAUACGUAGAGCAUAUUUGUUGAAGAGAUUACAAUCGCGUACUGCUUGUCAAUGAUUCAACAAAAACUUGACUAUUCAAAUUUAAAGUUCUCAACAAUAAUGUUUUGUGUUUCUUUGCACAAGUUCAACAAUGGUUGAACACGAUUUUUUCGCCUUCGAGCUUUUAUGCAUAGUUUUCUAAAUAUCUUUACAUAUGUAUAAGCGAAUGUUUAUAUUUAUUUAUUUUUUUUUUUCGGUUUCUCAAUUCGUUCAGUUUCUUUUCAUAAAAGUUUCGUUUAUAUUUUUUGCUGCUGCUGAUAAGCUAUUUGUAUUCAGAUGAAAUCAAGCAUACGUAUUUUAAGAGAGCCGAGUGAGAUGGGUUCCAAUGCAGUAGGUGGCUAGGGCGUUGGCGUUCACGGCUAAGCACACACAGCUGCAAUUCCGUAUAACGUUUAGAUAAAAAAAAACACGUAGUAGUAUUGAGACUGCACGAACUGUAGAUGCUCUAUAUAUAUGUAAAAAAAAAGAAGAAAAAAAAAUAAAACAGAAAAUUUAUAAAA